CGCCUGUACGUCAUUUCCUGCACUUCACGCACUCGUUGUACAUUGUUUGAAACGUGUUUCAGACGUUUUUCGUUGUGCAAAACUAUUUGAUCUAACGAAAUAAACAUGAGCAAAGCACAUCCACCCGAGCUGAAAAAGUUUAUGGACAAAAAGCUUUCACUGAAGCUGAACGGUGGCCGUCAUGUUCAGGGCGUCUUGCGUGGAUUUGACCCAUUCAUGAAUCUGGUAGUGGAUGACACUAUAGAAAUGGCUCCAGGAGGACAAAUGAACACCAUUGGGAUGGUGGUUAUCAGAGGAAACAGUAUAAUCAUGUUGGAGGCUCUUGAACGAGUGUGAAGAUGCCCAGUUUCUUGUCUUGCUGUUUUGUAUUUUGCUUUUUGUCUCCAACCAGCAAAUGUCAAAAUGGGUCUCUUGUGUUUUGUCGUUUUGCAACAAAGGCUGACAAUUAAUACAGAAAUCCUCGAUUUUGUUGGAAAAAGUUCUGUUUUAUGAACACUUGUUUGUUUUUAUUUUCUUAUGUCUGUAGACCUUUGUACACAAUUCAUGAACCAUUUUGGAGAAUAAAUGAGAUGGCAAUGUCAA